AUGGGUGCCCUUAUGGGUCGGCCUUCUCUUUGUAUAUGCGUUCCCGGUCUUUCAAUGCUGCUGAUUUCACAGGGAGGUGUCCAUCUGCUCCGUCACGGUCCUGGACGCUAUGGAGUUAUCCGUACUCUUGGUACAACUAUGCUUUCUAGUGCAGCAACUUUUGGGCCCGUUUUUGUGCUUUAUUGCAGCUUUAUUGACCCAUAUUAG